GGUUUUCUCGGUUUGCAGCUGGAUCCGCUGGAUGGACGCGCUCUUGCGCAGCGGACGACACUUCUAUGGAGUAAAUGUGGAGAUUUUCUAUUUUUGUUUUUCACUAAAACGCUGAAUCCGACAGUUGCUUUUUUAUUAUUAUUUUAACACAGAUUUCUUGUAUUUUGUUGUGUUUAUUAUUUUUUUUGUUUGUUUUUUUUAACUUUUGCGGUGAUUUUCAUUUAUUUAUUUUGAGAGAAAAGUGCAGAUAAGUUGGAUUAAGAGGAACUCAGUCCGUCCUGUGUGGAUCAUCACCUUUACGCAGAGCGCAGAGCGCACCGAGGCUCCGCUCGGACCAACGCCUUUCCCCGCUCUCUCUCUCUCCCUUUCUCUCUCUCUCUCUCUCUCUCUCUCUCUCUCUCUCUCUCUCUCUCUCUCUCUUUCUCUCCGCUCCCCCACCGGCCGCAAACUUCCCCGGGACGCCGUUUGUCCCCCGGCUGAUGAGCUGCUGAGCGACCCCGACGAGCCGAGAGCCAACAUGGGCUGCACGAUCAGCGCCGAGGACAAGGCUGCGGUGGAGAGGAGUAAGAUGAUUGACAAAAACCUGCGAGAAGACAGGGAGAAGUCCUCCAGGGAGGUCAAACUGCUGCUGCUCGGUGCUGGGGAAUCUGGGAAAAGCACAAUAGUAAAGCAAAUGAAAAUCAUCCAUGAAGACGGCUACUCAGAAGAGGAGUGCAAGCAGUACAAGGUGGUGGUGUACAGCAACACCAUCCAGUCCAUCAUGGCCAUCAUCAGAGCCAUGGGCCAGUUAAAGAUAGACUUCGGAGAGGCUGCGCGAGCGGACGAUGCCCGGCAGCUGUUUGCCCUGGCGAGCUCCGCAGAGGAGGGGGUGAUGUCCGCCGAGCUGACGGGGGUGAUCCGGCGGCUGUGGAACGACGGCGGCGUUCAGGCCUGCUUCGACCGGUCGCGAGAGUACCAGCUCAACGACUCGGCCGCAUACUACUUGAAUGACCUGGAGCGGAUCUGCCAGCCCAGCUACAUCCCGACUCAGCAGGACGUGCUGCGGACCCGCGUGAAGACCACCGGGAUCGUGGAGACUCACUUCACCUUCAAAGAUCUCUACUUCAAGAUGUUCGACGUCGGCGGCCAGCGCUCGGAGAGGAAGAAGUGGAUCCACUGUUUCGAAGGAGUCACGGCCAUCAUCUUCUGCGUGGCGCUCAGCGACUACGACCUGGUGCUGGCGGAGGACGAGGAGAUGAACCGGAUGCACGAGAGCAUGAAGCUGUUCGACUCCAUCUGCAACAACAAGUGGUUCACGCUCACCUCCAUCAUCCUCUUCCUCAACAAGAAGGACCUGUUUGAGGAGAAGAUCGGCCGCAGCCCGCUCACCAUCUGCUACCCCGAGUACUCUGGCGGACACGCGUACGAGGAGGCAGCAGCUUACAUCCAGUGCCAGUUCGAAGACCUGAACAAGCGAAAGGACACCAAGGAGAUCUACACCCACUUCACCUGCGCCACGGACACCAAGAAUGUGCAGUUCGUGUUCGACGCCGUCACCGACGUCAUCAUCAAAAUCAACCUGAGGGAGAUCGGCCUCUACUGAAGCUCCGGGCGCCUUUUCAAGGUUUAAGAAGAAUCAGGACUUCUGGGAUGUCUUAUCUGCAGAGGGCGACGUGGAAAGUUGCUGGUUAUAAGGACUCAGACGGCGCACGCGGGGCCCCGACUGAAAUGUAGGGGCCUCGCAACCUGGAUUCCAUCAGUCUCUUUAGAUUUGAGUGACGCUGAGCGCGCUGAGAAGGAGCGAGUGGUGGAGGCUUGUGAAACGAUCACUGUGAGUCCCGUCUAACCGGAGGUCUUUGUAUCACUCGGGCAGGUAAAGCCACUCUGACACUUUUCUAGUUUCAUCUGCACGAGGACCAAAACGGACUGUUUCACACUAGUUUCACGGCUUGAAAAUUGUACAUUUGAUUCAUUAAUCUGUUGUGUUGCGUCUUCUCGUAGCUGCAAGUCUGUAUCACAACGCUUUUAUUGAAUUUUUGCAUUUGUUCUGUUUUUAUCUUUAGUUGUGUAGCGUUUCCUCUUUUGGACUGUAUGAAUGCCAUAACUUAUGUAUGGAUCAGAGUUUCGUGUGAGAUGUUAGAUGUUCAAUUCGUCUGUUUGGGUCGGGGAUUACUUACCUAGCGUUUAAUGAGCUCAGUAGCAACAUCGAUGUCUUUAUUAGUUUUUGAUUUUUAACUCGAUCACAUUGUACUGAACCAUAUUUUCUUGAAAGACAUUAUUGCAAAUGAAUUUGUGAAGGGAC